AACCAAUUCCCAUCUUUCUAGUUUCACAAGUCGUUUCUGGGAAGAAAACUCCCUCUCUUUCUCUGGUUCCCGCUUUCUGGAGAUUGAAUCUUGGCCUUCUAUCGAUCCUUCGUCAUCAUCUUGGACCUUAGUCGUCUUGAUCUUGAAUUCGAUCGCUGCCAUGGAGGUCCCGUCCAACUCCAGCUCCGACUACUUGUCGAUCCCGCAGCAGCAGCAUCGUCACCAUCACGCGCCCGAACAUCCAUCUAACCCACCAUCUGCUUCUCCUCACCCUGUGGACACCACCUCUGUUUCCCAGAGACUGCAGAAGGAGUUGAUGUCACUCAUGAUGAGCGGUGGAGAUCUUGGAGUAUCAGCUUUUCCUGAUGGUGAGAGCAUUUUUACAUGGAUUGGCACGAUUGAAGGUGGAAAAGGAACUAUAUAUGAGGGUUUAUCGUAUAAACUCUCCUUACGGUUUCCCCUGGACUAUCCUUUUAAGCCGCCCCAAGUAAAGUUUGAGACCAUGUGCUUUCAUCCAAAUGUUGACCAGUUUGGCAACAUUUGCCUUGACAUUCUUCAGGACAAAUGGUCUUCAGCUUAUGAUUGUAGAACUAUUCUUCUGUCAAUUCAAAGUUUAUUGGGAGAGCCUAACCCAGAGAGCCCUUUAAACAGCUAUGCCGCGACACUUUGGAACAAUAAAGAAGAUUACAGGAGAAUGGUGCAUAAACAAUAUUUUGCCGGAGAAUCACUUGAAAGUUGACGGAUACAAUUUGAGUUGGACAGAUCACCUUACUUUUCCACACGACAGUUGUAAAGCUCUGAAGCGAAAUUCUUAAGGC